GCCCGGGGUCUCCGGGGGUCGCUACCGGGCUGGCCCCGCGCCACAGCCGUCGCUUCAGCCUCGCGCUCCAGGCCGCCUCCGGAGGAGACCCGCCGGCCGCCGUGCCACUUCGGGCCUCCGUCCUCGCCUUGUCGACGUCGCCAAGGGUUCUGGAGAAGCGGCCAAGGCCGGGGAACGGGGCUUCGCGGUUCCAACGAUUAACUGCUGAAGUACUGAUCGAGUUCUGCGUUUCUUCAAUGAGGAACUACAGGCUGAUCUUCUGCCAUAAUCUCAAACAACCGUAAAUGACAGAAGGAUGCUUGCUCAGUGAGGGUAGCUGGUGCAGAAGCCGUUUUUUAACCUUAGGUGUUUAAGUACUCAAAGAAAAGACAGCUUUGAUUUCUGGCUGCAAAAAAGAUAUGAGGAAGAGCUCCUCCCCUUCCUUGAGUAACUGCAACUCCGAUCUUGCUAACAAAAUCUUUGGGAUUCCACUUGAUGAGCUGCAGCAGGGAGGCCAUCCAGACAAUGCGGUUCCGUUCAUAGUCCGCCACGUUGUGGACUAUAUUGAGGAACAUGGAGGUCUGGAGCAACAAGGGCUGUUUCAAGUCAAUGGGAACGCUGAGACAGUGGAGUGGCUUCGACAGAGAUACGACAGUGGAGAAGAGGUGGAUCUGGUUAAGGAAGCGGACGUCCCCUCAGCCAUUAGCCUCCUUAGGUUUUUCCUGCAGGAGCUCCCCGAGCCCGUCAUACCCGGCAGCUUGCACACUCACUUGAUGCAGCUUUCUCAAGAUUAUAAUAAUGAAGAUGAAUUUGGAAGAAAGUUGAGGUUCCUCUUGCAGCAGCUUCCACCUGUUAAUUACAGUUUGUUGAAGUUUCUGUGUAGGUUUUUAGCCAAUGUAGCAUCCCAUCAUGAAGAAAUUUGGUCUGCAAAUUCUUUGGCUGCUGUUUUUGGUCCAGAUGUCUUCCACAUUUAUACGGAUAUGGAAGAUAUGAAAGAGCAAGAAAUUGUGAGCAGGAUAAUGGCGGGACUUCUGGAAAAUUACUAUGAGUUUUUUGAAAAUGAAGAAGAAGAUUUUUCAUCAAAUGAUCUGAGUUCAAUUACUGAGCAGGUUAAUGAACUUUCUGAGGAAGAAGAGGAAGAUGAAAAGCUGGAGCAUAUAGAAGAACUUCCAGAAGAAGGUGUAGAAAAGUCAGAUGGCAUGCCAGAGGGGUUGCAGUUAAGGAUGACUGAAAACAUCCUGGAACCAGACAGUGUUACAGCAUCAGCCAGGGUUGAUGCUGCUGCUGCUACUGCCAGUGAUGGUAACGUAAAGUGUUCAAACCCUGUGGCUGGGACGACUGCAGAUAAUGAAGUCAUGCAGCAAGAUCUUAUAUUUGAGGGUCAGAAAAAUAAUCAGUCUGUAGGUAUACUGUUAGAGCCUUGUAGUGACCACGGUGACAGUGAGGACGGCUGUCCUGAGAGGAAGGAGUAUUUGUUAUGUGACAGUGAUAAAUUGCCGCACUUGAUUCUGGAUUCCAGUAGCAAGAUACAUGAUUUGAAUGCCAACACUGAAUCAGAAGUAACCGACAGUCAGAGUGUUGGUGUUCAAGGAGAAGCAGCAUGUAUACAGAUUGCACAUUUAGAUCUGAAGAAUGUUUCUGAUGGUGAUAAAUGGGAAGCGUCAUGCCUUAUCACUUUCCCCCUCAUUGAUUUCAAAACAAUGCAUCUGCAGAGAGAUGGGGAGGAGCCGUUUCCUGCAUUUAAGUCUUGGCAGGAGGACUCGGAGUCUGGAGAAGCUCAGCUGUCCCCACAGGCUGCAAGGAUGACUCACCAUCCCCUGGGAGAGGACUGCCCUCCAGUAUUAUCACAUCGUAGUUUAGACUUUGGACAAAGCCAGCGUUUCCUACAUGAUCCAGAAGCGUUGGACUUUUCAUCUAAGGCGCUUUCCUUCACUAGAAUUCGAAGGUCAUCCUUUAGUUCAAAAGAUGAGAAAAGAGAAGACAGAACACCUUAUCAGUUGGUCAAGAAACUUCAGAAAAAAAUCAGACAAUUUGAGGAGCAAUUUGAAAGGGAAAGAAAUAGCAAGCCCUCCUACAGUGACAUUGCAGCCAAUCCGAAGGUAUUAAAAUGGAUGACAGAGCUUACAAAGUUGCGGAAGCAGAUUAAAGAUGCAAAACACAGAAACUCUGAUGGAGAAUUUGUACCUCAGACACGCCCUCGGAGUAACACUCUUCCAAAAAGUUUUGGCUCUUCUCUGGACCAUGAAGAUGACGAGAGUGAAGGGGAGCCCAGAGGCAUUCAGAAGGAGAGGAAGCCAUCUAAGGAAGCUACUCUGGAACUUAUUACAAAACGAUUAAAGGAAAACCGUGCUGAGCGUCACCUUCCCGAGGAUAUCAAGAAAAUGACUAAAGAUCAUUUGAUAGAAGAGAAGACAUCUCUGCAGAAAAGCCUGCUUUACUAUGAAAGUCAACACGGAAGGCCGGUGACCAGGGAAGAAAGGCACAUUGUUAAGCCUCUCUAUGAUAGAUACAGGCUUGUAAAACAGAUGCUGACAAGAGCUAGCAUUACUCCUGUCCUUGGGUCUCCCUCCACGAAGCGCCGGGGUCAGAUGUUACAGCCAAUCAUAGAAGGAGAAACAGCUCAUUUUUUUGAAGAAAUCAAGGAAGAAGAAGAAGAUGGUGUCAGUCUGUCUUCUGAGUUAAGUGACAUCUUGAAAACAGCUGUACAUACACAGUCAUUUUUGGAAAACUCAGAAUCUGAUGCUGAAGAAAAUCAAGAAAAACUAGCUCGGGAUCUCCGCUUAUCAAGUACUCGGGCGGCUUCUAUGCCUGAAUUACUGGAACAGCUUUGGAAAGCCAGAGCUGAGAAAAAGAAACUACGUAAAACAUUACGGGAAUUUGAAGAAACAUUUUAUCAGCAAAAUGGAAGGAAUGCCCAGAAAGAGGAUCGUGUCCCAGUGCUUGAGGAAUAUAAGGAGUACAAGAAAAUUAAAGCCAAGCUUAGACUUCUUGAAGUUCUUAUCAGCAAACAAGACUCUUCAAAAUCCAUAUAAAAUAUGUUCCCUGAAAAGUGACAUCAUAAAGUCAGUUGUGUUCCUUGAAGUUCCUCAUGUGUACUUGGCUCACACUGAGUUCACCCUGUCAGGCACUCAGAGACCCUUUUGUACUUGUUUGUGGUUUAGUAGGAAGGAAGGCCGUUCCUCAGACCACGGUUUACUAAGACGCUCCACACUUAGCAAACAUGCAGACCCCUCCAUUGUUUACUACAGACACAUCUGUUAGCAAAAGACAAGAAUUUUAUUCUUUUCACUUCAAGAACUUUGGAAAUACAGAGCUUUUUUGUUGUUUACUGUUUUGUUUUUCCUUUUCAUUACUGAAGAAAAUUGAGAGGAAAAUCUUCACACUGAGUUCUUCGGUUGCCUUUUUCUUACAGAAUGACUGAAAAUGUAAAAGAAAAGCCUAUAAACGUGACAUAUGCAACUGUAUUUUGUUUUUCCUAGAAAACCAACCUGAAUUUUCAAAUCAUAGUGUGGAACACCUUUCUGUGUAAUUCCCAGAGUGACACCCACCUGCACAGAUAGUACUUAGCCAGAAUUUGCAAAUCCGUGGUCCUACCUGAACGAAGAUAACAGUGGGUAGACCACAGAGCAGCCUUGCUUAGUCAUUUGAAACAUUACACACAUCACUCACAGAGCUGAAUCACAUCCCAUGCUGCCUACAGGACUUCAGUUACUGUCUACCAGCAAUGAUGUGACUUGUCUGGAUCAGAUCCUGCGCUGUCCCCCACCCACCUCCAGAUAAUGUGAGAAAAUAGCUGUGCCAGUAUGGAGGGAGGGACUUGGAUGGUGCUCCGGUUUGUGUAUUUCAUUCAUCACAUGGCCUCAGUCGGCACAAGAAUGAUGACACUCAAGUAAAUCUGUUCUUUACAAGGGCUAUACCACUGCAGCUUUACAUGUCCAUUCAGGGGGCUGCCUUCCUCUCUAAAAUGACCACCUCUCACCCAGGCGCUUGCUGUCUGAAGCAGCCACUUAGAGGAUGUGUAGUGGUACACCACUUAGAGGAUGUGUAGUGGUACAACACUUACAGGAUGUGUAGUGGUACACCACUUAGAGGAUGUAUAGUGGUACACCCCUUUCCAUAGACUCUUAGCAUUUCUUUUCCUUUGGCUUUGCAUGGCUUUUCUUCAGGUAAUCUGCUAAUCAUUUUUUACGGAAUAAUAACUUCUUGUGUUAAUGCAACAGAUGUGGGUCAGGCUUAAUCUAAGUGGAUUACCCCCUCCCCCCUGCCCCCGUGCUUUUUUCAAUUGAUAAAUGUCUCACUUUGCCCAUGCUUUGCAUGUAAUGACUCAUGCAUGAUUUUCUUAAUAUUAAUAGUUUUUCAUACAAAUGGAAUUUCACAACAUCUUUAAUAAGGUGAGGAAAGCAUGAACCUCCAACUUCUGGCACUAUUAUUACACAGUAAGAAUGUGAGGUAGCUUCAUAAUAAAUAGUGUCUCUAGUACUUCACAUUUCACUUGUGUGUGCAAUGCCUUUUCUGGGGGAGAGGGAAAAGUCCAGCGGUAGUGAAUGUGUAGUGGAAGUUUUUUUUUCUUAAAAAAGCACUAAGUCAUCCAGCCUUGUUUGUGUUGUUCCUUUUGAUAUUGCUAGGUCAUUCAUAAUGUAUUUUUAGGAAAGUAAUUAAGAAUGCCAAAAAAUGUAUCAUUUGAUUUUAACCCAUCAUGUGGUGUACUUUUUAGUUUCUUUUGGUCCAGACAGGAUUGCUACAUGUAAUUUUAUGUGCACUGUAUAUUUUUAUGAAUGUUUUAUUUUGUAUACCACAUGCAAAAAUGUCCAUGUGCACUAUUUAAAUGUUUUAAAUAAUAUAUUCCUUCUCUAUAACGCUAAAUCUAUUUGAGUACAAUAUUUUUCUAAGUCUGUAGCCUGACUGGUCUCACUGACUGGUUUUCAUUACAGCUGCGUCAUGAUUGGUCAUUGGGUGUUAGUUGUGGCUGAGGAGUGCGGUGGUGACACACUCGUGUGUGCUGUCGCUGACUCGUGGUUUAGCAGUGGUCAUAGAAUUAGGCACCUGCGAGAGUUCUACUUUGGUACAAAUAAAAAUUAUAUCUAUAUAGAAGUGUUAUAUAGAUAUAUGUAUGUCCACCAGUAUAAUUACAUUGCUGUGUUUGGCACUUCAUUGUACAGACUUUUGUAAUAAAAGAACUUUAAUGUUCUAA